CAACGUUAGAGUGGCCGCUUUUGCUUUUGGUGGAAAAAUUCAAUCAAAACCGCUUCAAUGUCACUAACAAUUACAAAGUAUCGUAAUUCAAGCGGAGUACUGGUGCCCGCACCGCCCAACGUUGUUUUUCGCCCGAAAACACUGGAUCCGCAGCAAAUAACAACGAAACCGUUUCCUAAAUUAGAACCUGGAAAUGCCACAAUCAGGGUCACUUCAGGGGGCAUAGUUCUCAACAAAAUACCAGCUGUUAUCAGGCCAAGUAUGAAGAGGACGAUACAAUCGUCGUCCACUGGACCCACUACCUCCUCUGGAGCAACAACAGCAGGCGCUGCAGCUGGUACAUUGGGAUAUCCGGCCCUAAAAACACCCAAGUAUGUGAUCCAAGGCGGUUCAAGUGGAUCCUCCAGCAACCAUCUGCAGAUGCUGGGGAGGAAAGACACACAAGGUCUAGGUGUGGCCAUAAGCUCACUGCCCCCAAACACAAUCAUCAAGGCCACCACUAAGCCAGCACAUGCUGCCCCUUUUGCGCCGGUUUCAUCACUGGUAUCACAGCCAACCUUAACAAGUAGCAUUAGGAACUCUAUCCACUCUACACCAACUGUGGCGGCUAAUUCCAGAGUUUCCUCUGCCGUACGACAAGCUGUGUUUAUCAAAAGAGAGCUACCGCAGCCGCAGAGGACCAUGAGAAGUCUCACACUGGGUCUUGUGGAACAAACUCCACUUCUUCAUUUGGGUGUGGCUCCUGAGCACCUGCCAAUGCUAAAGCGGCACAUUUGCCGAAUUGCCAAUGUCACCCACCUGGACUGUUGUUUAACCCUAAGAAAACUCCGGCAAAAUGAAACCUUUGCUUUGUUGGCAGAGCAUUUUGAGUUAAGCGAAUCAGAUGCCGAGGAAUCGUUCAAGCGCACUAUUAUCAAAUUGGCCCGCUACCUCCGUUCUCUGAUCCGCUGGCCAGAUGCUCGGCACCACAGCGAGCGGUACAAGCACACACCACUGGAGUACAGGGCGAACCUGCUGCACGUCCGCUCACUGAUUGAGUGCGUGGAAACGGAUGUACCGAUAGAUUUAGGAUUAGGUAGCGACAGUUACAAGUUCAUACUCUGCAUCAAUACAAAUGGCAUUAUAAGCUAUGUGUCGAGCGCAUAUCCGGGCAGUUGUGACGAUCUUGAAUUAUUUGAAGCCAGCAAAUUUCGAGAAGUCGUACCUCAAUACCUGACAUUGUGCGCGGAGCCUGGAAAAGCAGUACCUCGUGGUCGCAGGACAGAUACGCAGGAUUUCCAAGAGUCGGACCCGGAAGACUACCAGGCCGUGGAAGAAACAAACCGAACGCUAAGCAAAUUUGGGGCCCAGCGUUUGGGCGGGCAACUAGCAAACCAGCAAUCCCUAGCCAUUGUAGAUGGAGCACUCACUUCGAAACGUGCUCCUACGAUACAAUUGCCCACAAUAAAGUCCCAAGAACCGGUCUGCAGAGCCCAAAUGCGAGACAUGAUCGAUUGUCUAAGGGAGUUCCGGAUGCUUGGCCAUUCAGCGAUUCAACAAAAUUCGUUGCUUGGAUAUCUUGAUGAAAUUAUUGUGGUGGCCGCUGCCCUAUGUAAUCUUAAGCGACAGGAGUUGCAAUCUUAAUUAAUUAUUAAAUUUCGAGAAAAGACUGCUUUAGGGAAGCAAGGAGUUUAUAUCAUUAAUUAAACAAGAAAUAUUUUUAAGAUAGUUUCUACAAGGACACUGUUAACUAAAAACUUUGUUAAGUUUACCUUUUAAAGCUGCAAUACAGAAUUUUAAAAAUA